AUGAAAGGCAAAACUCUUAGCUCUCAAUCACAGGGCUUGGUACUAUCCUUGCUGAAUUAUUUUCAACAAGAAAAGGGUAAUGGAGGGCCUCUAUUACCAUUGUUAGCUGUCCAAGAGAGGGUGGCUCAGGCACUAAGUAUCAGUUUGUCCACUAUUACCAGAAUACAGCGCCGUUUAUCAUCUAAUGAUAAUGUCCUAAGAUCACCUGGAAAGAAGAGACCCAGAAAAAAGUCUAAGACAACAGAUUUAUCUGAUGCAGUCAGGCAUAAUAUACGAGAUACAGUGUAUCAAAUGUAUAGUGAAAAGAAACAUGUCACAAUAGCAAAUUUGAAUAAAACGCUUAAAGAGAAAGAGCUUGCUUCUAUCAGCAAUAGGUCUUUACAAAGAGUGCUGCCCACCAUAGGCUUUAAAUAUAAAAAAGAUGGUAAUAGAAGAUUUCUAGUUGAGCAAUCCAGUAUUGCUUUACUUCGCACCAAAUUUUGAGAUGUUAUAAUGACUAUGUGAACACUUCCUCGCAUCAAAUUGUUUUCAUGGAUGAAACAUGGAUAUUUUCAAAAGGCAGUCCAAAAAAGUCUUGGCAAGAUGAGUCAAUAAAAAGUGUAAG